AAAGUUAGGGUGUCUCAUCAUAUGGCGCUCUCUGAUUGGCUAUACCCCCUUGUUUAUUUUCUGAGUCCGAAGUAAAGUUUGGUAUCGUUAACAACCUGUCAAAUCCGAGGACAGCUGUGAAACCGUCAACUUCACGUCCUAUUUCACGAGGAAAUAUGCUCUAUUUCAUCAUUUACUUCAUUCUAUGAGGAUCUUUUAAGACAGCUGGAGAAAUAUUCUUCAAAAAAUACUGAAACAAAUAACUUUAACAACAAAGAAUGAGUCCGUGUUACCAGUGCCCUAAUAUUCAUACAUCCCAAUAACUUGAUCGUUCCUCAUUCACUUUUCCUACUCACACGCACACACACUCUUCGCCGUUGAGCCCACUGCUGUUCCUGCAGGCUGGGUACGGAGCUGGUCUGGCCACGUGCCCCUCCAGCUCUGCGUGUUAGAGUGAGAUGGGGCGGCAGGAAGCAGAGGGUCGCUGCCGCUGUGGACUGUAAUGUCAGAGCCCAGCAGCCCCGGCGUGAGCCAGCGCGGCGCUCCCAGAUUCUUCGUGGGCUGCGCGGAGGAUGAGAGCGAGGGCCUGGACGACUACGCCAGCAUGAGGACAGACGAGGAGCUGUACGAAGAUGACCUGGAGGAUGACUCGCCUCCAGAGCGUCAGAUCGUGGUGGGGAUUUGCUGUAUGAUGAAAAAAUCAAAGUCUAAACCAAUGACACAGAUAUUGGAGCGUCUGUGUAAGUUUGAGUACAUCACUGUGGUCAUCUUUCCUGAGGACGUCAUACUGAAUGAACCAGUGGAAAAAUGGCCGCUCUGUGACUGCUUGAUCUCUUUUCACUCUAAAGCAAUGCUUUGUCUUAAAUCAGGUUUCCCUCUGGAUAAGGCAGUAAGUUAUGCAAAACUACGUAACCCGCUGCUCAUCAAUGAUCUUAAUAUGCAGUAUUACAUACAGGACAGGAGGGAGGUAUAUCGUAUCCUGCAGGAGGAAGGAAUUGAUCUGCCACGCUAUGCCGUGUUAAACCGCGACCCUGACAAACCUGAAGAGUGCAACUUGGUUGAGGGAGAAGACCAAGUUGAAGUUAACGGUGAAGUCUUUCCAAAACCCUUUGUAGAGAAGCCAGUUUCUGCAGAGGACCAUAAUGUGUACAUCUACUACCCAUCCUCAGCUGGAGGAGGCAGCCAACGCCUCUUUAGAAAGAUUGGGAGCAGAAGUAGUGUUUACUCUCCAGAAAGCAGUGUGAGGAAAACUGGCUCUUAUAUUUAUGAAGAGUUCAUGCCAACUGAUGGCACAGAUGUGAAGGUGUACACAGUAGGGCCAGAUUAUGCUCACGCAGAGGCUCGUAAGUCCCCUGCUCUCGAUGGGAAGGUUGAGCGAGACAGUGAAGGCAAAGAAAUUCGCUACCCGGUCAUGCUCACUGCCAUGGAAAAACUUGUGGCCCGUAAAGUGUGUCUGGCAUUUAAGCAAACAGUGUGUGGAUUCGAUCUUCUCCGAGCGAACGGUCACUCAUACGUCUGUGAUGUCAACGGCUUCAGCUUUGUGAAAAAUUCCAUGAAGUACUAUGAUGACUGUGCCAAGAUUCUAGGGAAUAUUGUGAUGAGGGAGCUGGCUCCUCAGUUUCAGAUCCCCUGGUCCAUACCUACAGAGGCAGAGGACAUUCCUAUUGUUCCCACGACAUCAGGCACCAUGAUGGAGCUACGCUGUGUGAUAGCUGUGAUACGCCAUGGAGAUCGAACACCAAAACAGAAAAUGAAGAUGGAAGUGAGAAAUCCCAUGUUUUUUGAGAUUUUUGAAAAAUAUGGUGGGUAUAAAACAGGCAAACUGAAGCUUAAGAAACCCAAACAACUGCAGGAAGUUCUGGACAUUACCAGAAUUCUCUUAGCAGAUAUGGGACAACACACUGACUGUGAGAUUGAAGAGAAGAAAUCCAAACUUGAACAACUGAAGACCGUUUUAGAAAUGUAUGGCCACUUCUCCGGAAUCAAUAGGAAAGUGCAGCUCACCUACCUUCCUUAUGGACAACCCAAAACAUCUAGUGAGGAAGAAGAUACCCGGAAGGAGGGCCCAUCUAUACUGCUGGUGCUGAAGUGGGGAGGAGAGCUGACUCCAGCUGGCAGAGUUCAGGCUGAAGAACUGGGCAGAGCCUUCCGCUGCAUGUAUCCUGGGGGCCAAGGGGAUUAUGCUGGAUUUCCAGGCUGCGGCCUUCUCAGGCUACACAGCACCUACCGGCAUGACCUCAAGAUCUACGCCUCUGAUGAGGGCAGAGUGCAAAUGACUGCUGCUGCAUUUGCUAAGGGUCUCUUGGCAUUAGAAGGGGAACUAACACCCAUCCUGGUCCAGAUGGUGAAAAGUGCAAAUAUGAACGGCCUGUUGGAUAAUGAUAGUGAAUCCCUCAGCGGUUGUCAGCAAAGGGUUAAGGCCAGACUGCAUGAGAUCAUGCAGAAAGAUCAAACCUUCACAGAAGAAGACUUUGACAGGCUGGCUCCAACGUGUAGCAGUUCUCUGGUGAACUCUAUGAAGGCUGUGGAGAAUCCAGUGAGUACGUGCGAUAAAGUCUAUGCCCUCAUCCAGAGCCUCACAUCACAGAUCCGCAAAAGACUUGAAGACCCCAAAUCAGCAGAUUUACAGCUGUACCACAGCGAGACACUGGAGAUGAUGUUGCAACGCUGGUCCAAAUUGGAAAGGGACUUCCGCAUGAAGAGCGGCCGCUAUGACAUUAGCAAGAUUCCGGAUAUUUACGACUGUGUGAAGUAUGACGUGCAGCACAACAGCUCCCUAGGACUGGAGGACACAGUGGAACUUUUCAAACUUUCUCGAGCACUAGCGGACACUGUUAUACCACAGGAGUAUGGCAUUAAUAAAGUGGAGAAGCUGGAUAUCGCAUAUGCCUACUGUCUACCUUUGGUGAAGAAGAUUCAGCUGGACCUACAAAGGACGCAUGAGGACGAAUCUGUAAACAAGCUGCACCCAUUAUAUUCACGUGGAGUCCUGUCACCAGGCAGGCAUGUUCGAACUCGGCUGUAUUUCACAAGUGAGAGUCACGUCCACUCCCUACUCAGCAUCUUUCGUUACGGUGGCCUAUUAGAUGAGGAGAAUGACCAGCAGUGGAAGAGAGCCAUGGAUUAUCUAAGUGCAGUGUCUGAGCUGAACUACAUGACACAGAUUGUCAUCAUGCUGUAUGAAGACAACAAUAAGGACCCGUCUUCUGAAGAGCGCUUUCAUGUGGAGCUACAUUUCAGCCCUGGGGUUAAAGUGUCAGAGGAGGAGAGCGCACCAAUGGGAUUUGGUUUCCGACCAGCGUCUGCUGAAAAUGACCAGAAGCAAACAGACCCCGGUAGUUUGGAAAACCUUUCACGAGAUGAGCCCGACCGGGCCUUGCCCCUUUCUGAUGCCAUCAGCACCCAGAGGAAAUCCCCUUUGAUCCGGAAUCGCAAGACUGGCUCCAUGGAGGUAUCGCAGUCUCCAUCAUACUUGACUGUGCCAGCCAUUGUACAUUGUCCUUUGGAUGUAGUCUUGUCAGAAAGCUCAUCCUCUAAAGGGGGCAACUAUCGCCUCUUCCCCUCCUGCUCACGCCAGUCUCCAGAGAUGAAGCAGAGCGGAUUAGGCUCACAGUGCGCUGGUCUCUUCAGCACCACCGUCCUGGGGGGUUCCUCUAGUGCCCCCAACCUUCAGGACUACGCACGUACACAUCGCAAAAAAUUCUCCUCGGGCAGUUUGACCUAUAAAGACGAGUUGUUGUCUAUGCCGGCAGUAAAACGAUUUUCUGUGUCAUUUGCAAAGCAUCCGACUAAUGGCACACAAGAUGAUACUUCUCCGGUGGCGGUUAAACCACCUCUGUUGUGGUUUGGCUCAGAGCCCCUGGAGGAGCACCAGGUAGCCCAGCUGCUGAGGCGCUUUUCAACCGACCCCAAUAUUGGCCACCCGUUGUCUUUGGACAGUGCUUUUGCCCACCACCUCCAUCAGUGCUCCUAUCAUCUCCGUCUCUUCCGCAACUGGUUAAUCUCCGGCCAGGACCCGCUAGAGUACCUCUACGGUUUUGAAGGCUGCUCCAUGGUGCCCUCCAUCUACCCUCUGGAGACCCUGCACAACUCCCUCUCGCUCAAACAGGUGGAUGAGUUUUUGACGACUGUCUGUGAGAAUGCUGGAGAUUCCCACACCAGGACAACCAGAGCUCUGUCAGCCAUGUUUGAUACCCAGAACCAGCCCUCAGUGGACUCCUACAUGCCUCAGAGGGUGCUCACCACAUCUGUUUCAAUGCGCCAGCGCUCUGAUCGACCACCCUGGUACAGCAGCGGUCCAUCCAGUACAGUGUCUAGCGCCGGUCCCUCGUCUCCCACCACGGCUGACACCUCCCCACGCUUCAGCUUCAGUGAGAAGAUCCCCCUCACCCCUCAGAGCAGCGAGGAGAUCCAUCCAGCUCCGCACAACACAAGCCAGUGCGUGUCCUCCACAUCUGCACUUAGCAUUUCUGAAUCCAACAUCCCUUCCGAGGACACACACCCUUCAAUACCAUCUCCUAUCAUGGAGAGACCCAGUGAAAUACCAGUGGACGGCACAGACUCUAUGUGCCAGUGUGGCGGUGAAACCGAAGAAGCCUGCUCCCGCUCGCCUGAUAGUCCACCAAUGGAGACUUUCUGUGGGUUGCCUGGAUCCCUGCCUGUGCUGCUGGAGCUCAGAGAGAGCAGUUCAGAAGCUGGCUCCAGCGCUCAGACUCCUCUCACUCCUGAAGAGCAAGAUGAGUUCUUUGAUACCCAAGAGACAGUCGAGAUGUGGAUGGGGAGUCCGGCGGCUUUGCCUCACCCCGGCACUCCUCUGGAGGUGGGAUCUCCACAUGUGCAUGAGCCUUGAAAAGGCCGAAACUGUGCAUCAUUAAACCUGUAGUGAUCUAGCAUGCUCUUAAAAGACCUUCAUUAAGUCUCAUACGAGUCCAGACAUAGAAAAGGAAAAGUGGGAUUACCAGGGCUUACAUACUGUACAGUAAGGAAAUUCUGCUUGUGUGAGCACUAUUUUAUUCAAUUUCUCUAUGUGAUACUGUGGUGAUCAUUUCAAGGUGCCUGCGAUGUAACCGUUCAUUCUUAGGGAAGUAAAUGCCAGUGAUCCGACUUAAGCUGGUACAGUAGAUGCACUGAAAAUCCAGAUUUCAUGUUAUUAUGUUAACAUAUUAUCUUCCUUGUUGUCAUUUUUCAUCACAGCCUGGUGCGAAAGAUAUUUUUCUAAGGGAUGAUGUUUGAUACACGCUUGCGUUUAGUGAAGAACUAUGACUGCAUAUAUAAUAACUUAUACAGCUAGAUGUAUAUUAAAUAAACGCUAAUGGUUUACUAUAUUUACUAUUUGCCAAAGCCUGUUAUACCACUGUAAUUUAUUAAAUCAUAAUAAAAUAUAUAGAUAUAAUAAUAAUAAUAAUAUACUACAUAUGUAUGUAUUUUAUAAUGAAAUGUGGUAUACAGUAUAUUUAUGGACUAAUAAGCAGCUUAUGUUUAACAGUGAGACGGCAAAUAAGUAAACGGUCUCAUUUUUUAUAUUUUAGUUUUUAUUUUUAUAACAUACACUGUACCGGCACGGUUUCCGAUGAUAUUGAAGUAGUGGUAGUUAUUUUAUCAAAGUUAUUUCUUUCUUGUAGCAUUCACCUCUUCAGUGAAGUACUAAUUUUGUAUUGUGUCCUCCCCUUUUUGAGUGCAGACAAACGUUUUCUUUCCUGUUGUUUUUAUGUCAAACAAGCACAUGUUAUUUAAUAAUGGUCAGAGAAAUAUGCUACUUUAAUAAGAAUACACUGUACGGUUUACUCUGUUAUAAACAAACUGUUUGUGUUUUGGGGAAAAAUCCAUCGUUUUUUACCUUAAUGGUGGAUGUUGUUGUUUACUCGGCAUGUAGAAGCUGAGGCUAUAGAUUUCUGACUCUAAUCAGAUUUUUGGUCAUUUUAUGCUACAUUUCAAAUGUCAGACCUCUAGGAUCUAGAGAGAAAAGCAUUUCAUUUUUACCCUCCGGCACAGUCUGUGAUUCUUAGUGUUAUGUAUUGAACUGACUGAGAACUGUUUGUGUAAUAGUUUCAUUUGUAAUCUGACAUAAAGCAUCGGCCUCUGCUAGAAUCGACAACUCAAAUACGUUGUGCUGUUCGGUGCUCUGUAUGCAGUCGUAAUUAAUAGCACUUUGAUUUACAGUGUUGAAAAUAAAAGUGACUUUGUCUAUAGAAAACAA